AUGACAUUCAUUCUCACCGAGACCUCAGCUGGUUAUGCUUUAUUGAAAGCUAAGGACAAGAAGAUCCACAAGUCGGAUAAGCUGAUCCAAGAGCUUUCAACUCCUGAGCAGGUUGCUAAUCAGUUCAAGGUUAAGGCCUUUGCUAAGUUUGAGUCAGCCAGUGCUGCUUUGGAAGAAGUUAAUGCAAUCAUCGAGGGUAAAGUUUCGGAUAAACUUGCAAACCUUUUGAACGAGUUUAAGGAUGAAAAAAAGACUUCCCUUGUAGUUGCUGACGCAAAAUUGGGAAAUGCCAUCAACAAAUUGCCAGGACUUUCGUUCUCUAUUGUCUCUGACUCCAACUCUUUGGACUUAUUCAGAGCCAUUCGUGAGAACUUGUCUAGUUUGUUACCUGGUCUGACCGACAAGGACUUGUCUACCAUGUCUCUUGGUUUAGCACACUCUUUGGGCCGUCACAAGCUGAAAUUUUCGCCAGAUAAGGUGGAUACUAUGAUUGUUCAAGCCAUUGCAUUGUUGGACGACCUCGACAAGGAGCUCAACACUUAUGCCAUGAGAAUUAAGGAAUGGUAUGGAUGGCACUUCCCCGAAAUGGCCAAAAUCGUUCAAGACAAUGUUGCGUAUGCUAAGGUUAUUAAGGUCAUGGGUUAUAGAUCUAAUGCUUCUGACACUGAUUUGUCCGAAGUACUUCCAGAAGAAAUCGAAACCCAACUCAAAGAAGCCGCCGAAGUUUCCAUGGGUACCGAAAUCACUGAAUUCGAUUUGGAGAAUAUCAAAUGCCUUGCUGAUCAAGUCAUUGGCUUUGCUGAGUACCGUGAGCAGUUGUCAAGUUAUUUAUCUGCCCGUAUGGCUGCCAUUGCUCCUAAUUUGACUGCUUUAUUGGGUGAGUUAGUUGGUGCUAGAUUGAUUGCUCAUGCUGGUAGUUUGAUCAACUUGGCCAAGGCCCCUGCUUCUACCGUUCAAAUUCUUGGUGCUGAGAAGGCUCUCUUCAGAGCUCUCAAGACUAAACACGAUACCCCUAAAUACGGUCUUAUUUAUCAUGCCUCGCUCAUUGGUCAAGCUUCUGGACGUAAUAAGGGUAAGGUUGCACGUAUGUUGGCUGCCAAGGCCUCGGUCAGUCUUAGAUACGACGCUCUUGCUGAGGAUCGUGAUGACGUUGCAACUGUUGGUAUUGAGGAUAGAAUUAAGAUUGAGAAGAGAUUGAGUGCUUUGGAAGGAAGAGAGAUCUCUUCUGUUAGAUCUGUUGUCAACGGUCGUAGCCAGGAGAAGGUUACCUUGAAGCCCACUGCCAGCUACAAUGCUGAUGCUGAUGCCCUUGAGAGCACUGCAAUGGACGCCGACUCUGAUGAUGAAGACAGUGACGAUGAGGAGCCAGUUAAGGAGGAAACCAAGAAGCAAAAGAGAAAGAGAGACGAAGAUGAAGAGUCGCCUAAGAAGAGCAAAAAGUCCAAGUCUGAUAAGAAGGAAAAGAAGGACAAGAAAGAGAAGAAGGACAAAAAGGACAAGAAGGAGAAGAAGGAAAAGAAGAAGAACAAGGAUUGA